AUGCAUUCCAUUAACUAAAACAAUUAAUAACCCUAAAAUAAUAAUAACAAUAAUAAUAAUAAUAACAAUAAUAAUAAUGUUCCUUAACCAAAUUUUAAUGAUUAAAUGAAUCAUCCAAUGUCUCAACCAACUGGAUCUUUUACAACAGCCCCUGCUCACCAAUAUUUAAAUUAACCAGGUCAAUUUCUUCCUCCAAAUGCAUUAUUGCAACCUCCACUUGUUUAAUCAUAAGUAGUUGCUCAACCUUUAGUAGCUUCUGGUGUUCGUGUGAUGCCUUAACCAGUAGUAACAUAAUAAUUAAUAUAGUAACCUAUAGUAUCUUAAGUAGUGUAAUAGCCAGUAGUAUCUUAAGCAGUAUUGUAACAACCAGUAGUAUAUUAAUCUUCAUUACAACGCGAAGUAAUAAAAGGAGAAUCAAGAAUCGAAUACGUUCCGUAUGAAAAGGUAAUGGUUGAAUACGAAGCAGUCCAAAGAACAGAAUACGUCCCAAAAGAAAAAAGAGUUACUGAUUACUAUGCUGUCGAAUAUUAAACUGAAUACAUUCCUUAAGUAUACUAAGAUCGCUAUAUUGAAUAUAUUCCUUAAGAAAGAGUCUAAGAAAGAGUUGAAUACUAAGCAAUAGAAAAAUAAAUAGUUCAUUAACCUGUUCAAGAAGUAGUCUAAUAAUAAGUACAAUAUGUCACCUAACCUGUCCUAACUUAAUCUUAGGUUAUAGUUUAAUAACCUGUUGUCUAAUAAUCUUAUGUUGUAUAAUAACCCGUAGUAUAAAAUUAUGUAUAAUAAUAACCUAUAGUUUCUAAUAUUGUAUAGUAGCCUGUUGUUACAUAAAGUGUUGUAUAAUAACCUCAUAUAAGCACUUCUGUUGUAAGAAAUGUCCCUGCAUUUGGAGGAGUAUCUAAUCAACUUAGUAAUAAUUUACCUGUUGGUACAAUUAGAGCAUCUGCUUAUAGACCCACCGGAAGUACUGUCCUCUCAGGAUAGAUGAUGAAUAAUUCAUUAGCUAAUAGUAAAGUUCCGCCUAAAAAAGAAAAAAUGAGCUUACUAGAAAAAAUAUUUGAAUGA